CCUCCUCCUCUUCCGUCCGGAGCCGUUCCAGCCCAAGCCGUGCGGCCCACUUGGCGCCCUCCGGGCCCAUGCCAUCCGCGCCCGCGCCCCGCGAGGGAGGCGCGCCGUCAGCGGCCGCCUGGGGCCCCGCCGGCGGCGGGGCGAGAUGAGCGACAAGGGCCAGCCCGAGAAGCUCGCGAGGUUCGCCGACACCAUGGACCGGCAGCCCGAGCCGAUCACGUUCGCGGAGGCAGGUGCUGUCGAUUCGGUCCGACCAUGGUCUCGGCCAGUCGGAUCCGACUCCGUUCCGGCAUCUCGGCGGCCCGAGAUCGCACGAUGUUCGCACCGCGCUCUUUUGCAUCUUGGGGCGGCCGCUUCCAAUUGAUGGCGACUCCGCGCCGAUGCGGCCCGAUUAGAUGGCAGAUCCGAUCGGGCCCGAUCUCUCGACUCGCAGCUGGCCGCUGCAUGUGCGGAGGCGAUGGUGCAGCUCCAGACCGCGCAUUUCCGGGAGGUCGACUCCCUAAGGAAGGAGCUGCAGAAGAUGAGCCGGCGGAACGCAAGGGUGUCCACGAAGCAGGCGCAGGUCGAGGAGGCGGCGGCCCGGGGCGCCGCCGACGUCCGGGGCUCGCAGGGCUCCCACCAGGUCGCGGUUCCCGGGGCGGUCGAGGAGGCGACGGCCCGGGGCGCCGCCGACGCCCUGGGCUCGCAGGGCUCCGACCAGGUCGCAGUUCCCGGGGCCACGGACUCCUUCCCGGCGUCCGAGUCGAUCGGCCUCGCCGCUGGCCAGGCCGUCGAGGGCUGGAAGGGGAAGCAAGGCUCGAACAGGGAGCCCGAGAUCGAGCUGGAGCGCGACUCGGUCGAUUAUUUCGACGACCCUUUCGUGGUCAGGGAGCGCAGCGUCACGAAGGACAGCGGUAUCGUGUGGAACCCAUUUGCAGACGGGCAGAACGAGGUGUCCAGGUUCAUGAAUAGGUUUUUCACCAGCGGGCACUCGCGGAAGAAGCGAAGAGCGUACAAGAUUGUGAAAAGUUGGCCUUUCGAGUUUAUAUCAUAUUCCGCGAUCGUUGCCAAUUCGUUGUUCAUUGGCAUCAGCAUGCAACUUCAAAUGGAUAGGGUACAAACCGGCUCACCGACGGAGAAGUGGCCAGAGGUCAUAGAGGUGUUUUUUGCAGUAUUCUUUACCUUCGAGCUGCUGUUCAAAGUGUUGGCGGAGGACGUGUACGUUUUCUUUGGCGGCGAUUGGCACUGGAACGUAUUGGACUUGAUCUUGGUGUCCGCAGCUCUUCUGCAGCUAGUGAUCGAGAGCAUGUACGGCUCAGAAACCCCGAAUUUGACAGUCAGCCGGACAAUCAGGCUCUUCCGUGUCACGCGGGUCUUGCGUGUCGUCAAGGUCGUGCAGAUUUGCCAGAGUUUGCGCGUAAUGAUCUUCUCAAUAUUUAAGUCUUUGGACGCGCUGGGUUGGGUCUUGGUGGUCCUAAUGUUCUUCAAGUACAUAUUCGCGAUGAUCUUCAUGCAUGGCACCAUAUCGUACUUUGAGAUGCACCUGCAAGGCGGAGGCAUAGAUCUCAGCCUUGAGGAGGAGCAGUUUUGGGACGAUUCGGAGGCCCACAUCGAUUACAUGAAGUGUAGCUGGAGCAGCGUCGACCGAGCGCUUCUGACACUCUUCGAGAGCAUCACUGGCGGUCGGGAUUGGGGGGAAGUGUUCAUCUCCUUGGAGAAGAUUGGCCCAGUGUACGGCAUAUGUUUUCUCGUCUACUUCUUUGCGGAUAUUUUAUGGUGUUCUUGGUUCUCAACGUUGUGAUUGGUACAGUCGUCGACGUGACUUCUAGCGUUGCCGCAAGGGAUCGUGACCGUAUGGUUGAUGACGAAAUGAAGAACCUCAAGGAUUACGCUGACAAUAUCAAGGCCUUCUUUUUACAGGCGGAUGCUGACAAGUCAGGACAAUUGUCGUGGGAGGAGUUCAAGGCUCACUUACAUGAUAAUCGCGUGAAGGCCUAUUUCCAAACGCUUGAUUUGGAUAUUCGAAAGGCGCACACACUGUUCAAGCUGAUGGAUCGCAACGACAAUGGAGGGGUCGGGAUCGAGGAAUUCCUCGACGGAUGCUUGCGCCUCAAAGGCCAGGCGAAGAGUCUUGACAUUAAUCUAGUGAUCUACCAGUUGGAGCUCCUCACUAAGGGGCUCUCAUGGAUGAGUCGUACCCCGACCCGCACGAUGGCCUAAAGGAAUUCCCCGCCAUCGCCCGACCGAUUUUGAUUGUUGCCGACCUCCAAGAGGUUCGUGAGGGCGGUUUCUGCUGCCAUGGCUCGGGGGAUCGAUUCUGCUCUCGCGCGUCAGCGUUUUCCGUCUAUGGGGCAGAGAGAGAACACCUCUUUCCGCUUUCUGGCGUAAGUGUCACCCUGAUGUGUUGCCUCCCCCUCCGGUCAAGGUAACUCUUGCACAAAGUUAGUCAUGCGUACACCGCACGAACAUUGCCACAGGUUAACUGAUCGGGCGGCGUGUUCGUCGUGAGUAUCGCUGUCUGUGUGAAGUGGCACGGAAAAACGUUCGGCGAAGGGCCCAGGCUUACGUGGUUGUAUUUAGCGCAGGGCGUGGCCCCCUCACAUCCGACGAGUGGAUAGCGAGGCGUGCGCGCGGCGGUGCGGAUCCGAAACGUGGAC